AUUCAUUGGCCAGUGAGUGCAAAAGACGGAAAGCUUACCAAACCUGACAUACCUAGCACUUGGAGAGCAAUGGAGGCACUCUACAAUUCUGGAAAGACUAGAGCUAUAGGGGUCAGCAAUUUCUCUGUAAAGAAGCUUCAGGAUCUGUUGAACAUAGCGAAUGUGCCUCCAGCCGUUAACCAAGUGGAAUUGCAUCCUUCAUUACAGCAACCCAAAUUGCAUGCUUUCUGUGAAUCCAAGGGAGUGCACUUAUCAGGUUAUUCACCUCUGGGAAAAGGAUACAGUGAAAGUAAUAUACUUAAAAAUCCAGUGCUGCUCACGACGGCAGAGAAGUUUGGGAAGACUCCAGCACAAAUAGCUCUAAGAUGGGGACUACAAAUGGGUCACAGUGUACUUCCUAAGAGUACAAAUGAUGCUAGGCUCAAGGAAAACUUUGAUCUGUUUGAUUGGUCUAUACCUGCAGAUUUGCUUGCCAACUUCUCUGACAUCGAGAAGGAAAGAAUAGUUACAGGAACUGGUUUUGUUAGCAAGACAUCUCCUGGAUACAAGACAACUGAAGAACUCUGGGAUGGUGAGUAAAUAACUGUUUUCGUAAUACCUAUUUUCUUUUCUCGGACUUUAGGCAAAAUAAAGAUAUCUUUAUGAUAUUGUAAUAAUUUACGCAGAAAAUGUUAUAUGCACAUCUUUCUUUCGAUCUUCCUAUUGAGACACUUAAUAAAAAAAUAAUACUUUUACUGUUGA